UGAAAAAGCCAGACGCCGCCUGCGUCGGCUUCAAUUAGUACUUUCGCCAGCAGCAGCACAAUCAAUCUCUAGACAGACACUCACUCACUUCCCAAAACCCAAGCGUCGCUCCUGUCUCGUCUUCUUCUCCUUCUCCGCCGCAACAACACUUCGUCUUUCUUCUCGCCGCUACAAAUCUCUCCCUCAGAUGGAUCAAAUAGAUGCUCCAAUUUCAGACGUUGGUGUAGGAAUUAUUGCUAAUGCUCCUGCUCCGGAAAUUGAGGGUUUCAAGUACCGCGUUGAUGAUAUUUUUGGGAAGGUUGAUAAGCUUGAGCAGAGAGUGAAUGAGAUAGAACAAUUCUAUUCGACUAAAAGUAAAAAGCAACUUAGCACAUCCAAAGCUAGCUCAAUAGUGAAGGAUAAAGAUAAGGAGAAACAUAUUCCAAGUAUUAAAAGGCAGCAGCAAGAUGCAUCACGUCGGGAAGCAGCUGCUGCAAAGAGAAUGCAAGAACUCAUGCGCCAAUUUGGCACAAUAUUGCGUCAGAUCAUGCAACACAAGUGGGCAUGGCCCUUUAUGGAACCUGUAGAUGUAGAAGGCCUAAAGUUACAUGACUACUAUGAGGUUAUUGACAAGCCCAUGGAUUUCAGUACUGUAAAAAAUCAAAUGGAAGCCAAGGAUGGUACUGGAUAUAAGAAUGUCCGGGAAAUAUGUGCUGAUGUGAGGUUGAUUUUCAAGAAUGCAAUGAAAUAUAAUAAUGAUGACAGAAGUGAUGUUCACGUUAUGGCCAAAACUUUGUUGGAAAAAUUUGAGGAGAAGUGGUUGCUACUUCUGCCUAAAGUUACUGAAGAGGAAAAAAGACGAGAAGACGAGGAAGCACAGGCACAGUUGGAUAUGCAGCUUGCUCAGGACGCAGCAUAUGCCAAAAUGGCAAGAGAUUUAAAUAACGAGCUGUACGAGCUUGAUGUGCAUUUGGAAGAUCUCCGAGAAAUGGUUGUUCAGAAGUGCAGAAAAAUUUCAACCGAGGAGAAGAGAAAUCUUGGGGCAGCACUCACCAAAUUGUCUCCUGAAGAUCUAACCAAGGCAUUGGAGAUUGUUGCUCAAAAUAAUCCAAGCUUCCAAGCAACUGCUGAAGAGGUGGACCUUGACAUUGAUGCUCAGAGUGAAUCUACCUUAUGGAGGUUGAAGUUUUUUGUGAAGGAUUCUCUGGAAGUUCAGAGCAGGAGUUCGCUAAACACAGGUGGCCUGAGCAACAACAACAAUAAUGACAAUCACAAUAACAACAACAAUAACAUAAACAAUAACAAGCGGAAAAGGGAGAUUUGUGAUGCUAUUGCCAAAACUGCCAAGAAAAAAAGUAAAAAGCCCUAAUAACGUCUUUCUGUGGGAUAGUGCAGUUAGGCUGUGUAUUUGCCGACAUUUCUUGUUAUCUGUUACUGACAAUUCUCAAUAGUCCGAAAAUGGGUUGGAUGUGUUCUAAUAAGGAAAAGGCAAAAGCAUCACUAAUGAUAUUUCGUAGAUGCUAGCAACCGAUUCAUUUUCAGGUGCUGGCUAUUUACUAGAAAUUUAAUGGUCUAAUUUAGAAGUUAGGGGCUGCCUUAUGAUUCUCCUUCUGACGGUGCUCUGCCAAUGUAACAUAUACAAUGAUCCGUAUCAACAAUGUCUUUUGUUUCAAAUUUCAGCCAGUUUAGUUGUU